UCUCCGGUUCAGACGUGUUCAACUCAGGCAGGAGUUUCUGCUGAGGCUCGUGAAUUAGCUCUGGGUGUCUGAUCAUGGUUCUCUGACAGAUUUUCUGCAGUUUUUGACAAUAAUUUAACUGUAGAUUGGACCUCUCAGUGACUCGCCAUGGGGACGGCUUUCGCCAUUACUCUAGUGUUUGUAGGGUGCUGCAGUAAUGUUGUAUUUUUGGAGCUGCUGGUCAGGGAGUUUCCAGGAUGUGGAAACAUCGUCACCUUUGCUCAGUUUGCUUUCAUCGCCUUCGAAGGCUUCAUCUUUGAGACAAACUUCGGGAGGAAGAAACCAGCCAUCCCUGUCAGAAACUAUGUCAUCAUGGUGACCAUGUUCUUCACGGUCAGCGUGAUCAACAACUAUGCUCUGAACUUCAACAUCUCCAUGCCUCUUCACAUGAUCUUCAGAUCAGGCUCUCUCAUCGCCAACAUGAUCCUGGGGAUCAUCAUUCUGAAGAAGAGAUAUUCACCGAGCAAGUAUUUGUCAAUAGCUUUAGUUUCUGCUGGAAUCUUCAUCUGCACUAUCAUGUCAGCUAAGCAAGUGAAUGUGGCCAACAAGGACUCAGUUGAGGACGGUUUCUACGCCUUCUUGCACUGGCUCAUAGGCAUUGCCAUGUUGACCUUUGCUCUACUGAUGUCUGCAAGAAUGGGAAUCUUCCAGGAAACGCUGUACAAGCAGUACGGAAAACACUCCAAGGAAGCUCUUUUUUACAAUCACUUCCUGCCUCUGCCAGGCUUCCUGCUUCUGUCCGCAGACAUCUACAAUCACUAUGUCCACUUCAACCUAAGCACUCCUGUGGAGGUUCCUGUCAUUGGCAUGAUGGUGCCAGUAAUGUGGGUGUACCUGCUGGCCAACAUCAUCACUCAGUAUGUGUGUAUCCGCGGCGUGUUCAUCCUGACCACAGAGUGCACCUCGCUCACUGUCACCCUGGUGGUGACUCUAAGAAAGUUCCUCAGCCUCAUCUUUUCCAUCGUGUACUUCCAAAACCCCUUCACCCUCUGGCACUGGGUGGGCACUGCCGUUGUCUUCAUUGGUACACUGUUAUACACAGAGGUUCUGAGCAACCUGCAGGCGGCGCUGCGUGGACCACCUGUCAAGGAGAAGAAGGUGGAGUGAAGAAGAAGUUAUGGACUUGGUUGAUGGAGUUGCUCUGAUUUACAGGAUACGGACUUGAGAGGGCAACUAAGUCAGCUGUGUUCUCAUGAAACGGGUUAUUUGUGCAUCUGCAAACUGAGCUGUCAAAUGUGUCACUCAACUUCAUUCAUUGCCUCAGUCUCGGAGCACGUGCAUAUUCUGUAUGCAUUAACUAUUAGCUUUAGAAGCCCCAAUGUUACUCUAUUGAUGGUUAUUGGAAAACAUGAGGUGUAAGUACACAUGUUCAGUGGGGGAAUAGUGGAGUUAUUUUUGAAAUGUCAUUAUAGGUCACAUUAGUUGUUUUAGGUGUUGGUCUGG